CGCGCCGGUACCGCUAGUUAGGUCUCAACCAGCGACGAGGAAACGUGUUGUGCUCCUGACUUCUCUCGUCUGCCGUGGCUGCUCCCGACACUGCCAUUAAGGUGACCCUUGAAGUUAUAAACAAUCUUGAGAAGUGAUGGCUCCCCAAGCCCCAGAUCAGGAUGUUAAAGGAGAACUGUUGGAAGGGGAAGAAAAUUCUCAGAACCUACCAUUAGAGAAGCGAGAGAUUAGUAUAAGCCUCGUAAAGAUUUUCCACGAUCUUCGUAACCUGGACUGGUCUAAAGUUGUGUGGCGGAAUGCAAUAUUAUUCUUUUUGCUACACAUUUACUCCGUGUAUGGCUUAUAUGUGGCAGUUUUCCAUGCACAGUGGAAGACUAUAGGCUUCAGUUUGGUGCUAUACUUCAUGGCUGCCUUGGGCAUCACAAUGGGAGCUCACCGCCUGUGGUCUCACCGCUCCUUUAAGGCAACGCCACUACUGCGUUUCAUUCUUGCAGCGUUCCAGACGCUGUCUUUCCAGAAUGACAUCUUUGAGUGGGCCAGAGACCACAGAGUACACCACAAGUACAGUGAAACCGACGCUGACCCCCACAAUGCCCGCCGCGGCUUCUUCUUCUCCCACAUGGGCUGGCUAAUGUACCGCAAGCACCCCGAGGUCAUCGCCAAGGGCCGCACCCUUGACUUGUCAGACCUGCAGCAGGACGCUAUAGUGAUGUGGCAGCGCAAGCACUACAUUCCAUUGGUGAUCACAGCGUGCUUUGUCCUGCCAACUGUCAUCCCCUGGCUCGGGUGGGGAGAAAAUGCAGUCACCGCCCUGUUGGUGGCCGGCUUCCUGCGCUACUCCAUCGUCCUCCACGUCACCUGGUGCGUCAACUCCCUGGCGCACUGGGUGGGCAGCAAGCCCUUCGACAGGAACAUUUACCCCUCACAGAACUCUGUGGUGGCAUAUAUGGCACUGGGCGAAGGCUGGCAUAACUACCAUCACGUCUUCCCAUGGGACUACCGCACUGCUGAAUUUGGGGGCCUGAACCACUACAACAUUACGAGUUUGAUGAUCGACUUCUGUAGUAUGAUUGGCUUGGCUUAUGACCGCAAGACAGUCACUCCAGCCAUGAUUAAGAAGCGGGCCGAGAGGACAGGCGACGGCAGCUACUAAUCAGUGACCAGCAAGACGGGAGGAUAAGAAAAUAUUCGUUUCAGACGGUAGUUCUCCCACACCCUCAUGCACAAUGGUCCCUACACACAUCUCCCCUUAUAUGAAAGUAGUUUUGCAAAAAACGUAUUCAUGUAUACGUAGACUAGAAGUCAUUUUCAAUCUUUCCUAUAUAUUUAUUGUUUUUCAUAUGUUGUCAAUUUAUCAUAAUAACAAAGUAAUGAUUAGUCAAAUUUUCUAUGACUUUUAUAACAAGAGUUAGACGAGGCACACACACUGUAUAGGGCAGAUUAUAACACAAAGCUCCAUCAUACUCUGCUGUGGAAGUAACCGAAAUAAUAACUAGUGUAUUUACAUGGAAAUAUUUAACUAUCGUUAUACUAGGUGAAUUAUGACAUUUACUUCAUGUGUUAGAAGGUAAGCUGUGAACACUGGUUGUCCUAUUUACUCAAUAUGUUAUAUAAUCUGUUGUCAAUAUAUAUAUAUCGUUUGCUUGGCAAAGUUUGUGGAGAUGUCAAGGAAGUUGCAUUUUAUUGUCAACUUGAACUAUUUCGGAAAUAUUUAGAAAACUUUAUACAGUAUAAUUCCGUUAAACAUUCCAGGCAGCUGGCGCGCUGCAGUAGUUAAAGCAGUAACUAGUUAAUUAACUAGGUAAAGACUAGCGGUUUAGCGUGUCAUGUUGGAAAAAUAGCCCAUUUAGCAAGGGGUUUUGGAUAUCAAUUAUCAUUCGAAAUGUUGAAAACUCUUUAACUUCAGAAUUGUUGUUGUUAAUAUUGUUGUUGUUGGUUAUAGGAAAUGGGGGGGGGGGGGAGUUAGGCCCACCCAGCACCUCAGAGCUCUUAUGAUCUAUAUGCAACUUUAAAGCAAUUAUUACGCGUCAAACAAAAGCCUAGCGCAUGGACUGUGUACUUUUGUGUCUGAUUUAUGCGCACGUUAGUGUUUUGCACGUUUUAGGACUUAAGAAUUACGUUCUGAAUCGAUUGCAUUAAACUUGCCUAAGUUUUUGUCUGACAUUAUUAAAAAAUAAAGUAAACACUCAAUGAUGAUUUAACAUUCAAAAUAAUCAUGAUUUGAUAAACUUUAAUAUUUUCUCAGUAUCUCAUAACCGCCAACCCCCCCUAACAUUUAUUAUAGGUAAGGCUGGCACAAUAUAUAUAUAUAUAUAUAUAUAUAUAUAUAUAUAUAUAUAUAUAUAUAUAUAUAUAUAUAUAUAUAUAUAUAUAUAUAUAUAUAUAUAUUCGUCAGCAUAUACAAACCAACGAGCUCUCACAUGUAAACCAGAUUUAUCAGGAAUACAGUAUUGAAUAUUUCCGUUUUCUAUACGAUUUGUCGACCCUGCAGUAGUCUACGGUCUUAAAUAUUGGUCGUCUGAUCAAACAUGUUUGAUCUUUCUAGUCAUUGUUUAAUCCCCCUCAUGUUGUGGUAAUUAAUUAAGACAUUAGUCGCCGCCACACACAAGGUAGCGUUUGCUCUCUGGCUGAAGAGGUACCUCUCCGGAGUGACUGAAGGGGUACCUCUCCGGAGUGACUGAAGGGGUACCUCUCCGGAGUGACUGAAGGGGUACCUCUCCGGAGUGACUGAAGGGGUACCUCCGGAGUGACUGAAGGGGUACCUCCGGAGUGACUGAAGGGGUACCUCUCCGGAGUGACUGAAGGGGUACCUCCGGAGUGACUGAAGGGGUACCUCCGGAGUGACUGAUGAUCAGUGACGCAACACUUCCGCCAUUAAAGUAGCUUGGCCCUCUACCGAGUUUUUAUUUAUUUAUUUAUUUAUUAAUACGAGAGUUCUUACAUUCAGUAAAGCCACUGGUCUCUGUCAUUCAUAACAUAUUGCGAGAACAUUUUAUUAAACGAUAUGAAUGUUUUGUUGCAUUAUAUAUAUUUUUAUAAAUAUAUGAAUUCUGGGAACAUUAUUUUGUCAUUGAUGUCUGGACUUCCAUAUAAAUGUGAAAACAUUUUAAUAAUUCAUAAGAAUUUUUGCAUUACAUAUACACGUGAAUUAUUUUUAAAUGAUUUGCAACUUAAUAAUGUAAUGUUUACUACAACCUCGAGUUGCAGUGCAUGGCGAAUGUUUGUAGUCUGGGACUUUCUCAGCUUCAAGAUGCCCCAAGAUAAAUACACUUAAUGACUUUGUAAAAUCUUUGCAUUAACUGGGUCAUCCUGGCACCAUUAUCAUCCAGUAAAACAACAGGAAUUAGAUGUAUAGCACAUUGGUAUGUCACUUCAUAUCUUUAGCAUGACACGUGAAUGAGCUUAACUUGGCAACGACAGGAUUAGUUGGACUGUAUGAUGAGUGACGUUGCCAUUGGCUUACAGCAAGUAAGGUAUUCAGUCAUCUUGUAAGCCUCUAAGCUGAAUAAAGUUUUCGGGAUAUUUCCGCUUUGAAUUCUGGUGAAAAAAGGUGUGUUGGGUGGUGGUCCCACACGAGUAAAGAUUGAAGUCUAUUGUGUAAAAUACUUGUUUUACGUCGGUCAAAUGACCAAGUUGAGUGUAGCCCACCGUCUUCUGUCUGUAGCCUACUGUAAGUUACACACUGUAUUUGUUGUGUAGGAGAUACAAUACAGUUCAUUGUUUUGUUCCAUGUGCUGAAGAUUAAGUGAUGCUUAGAUUGUUUACAAUCAUGCUUCACCACCCAAUAAUAUGAGAAAUAUUAGCAUAGCCCUUGUCGCUAUAAUUACAUUUAACAGGUGAGGGAAGUAUUUCAGAUUGGUGGUAACUGUGCUGAGAUUGUUGUGGGGACAGUGUAGAGGAACCCCUUAUUAUGCCACUAGUAGGUAAGGGAACCCCCUUGUUGUGCCACUAGUGGGUAGGGGGAGCCCCUUGUUAUGUCACUAGUGGGGACAGUUUAGGGGGAACCCCUAGCUAAACCAGAAGUCAAGGGAACACUUGCUACACCACUGGUAGAGUGGAACACUUACUACACCAUUGGUAGAGUGGAACACUUGCUACACCACUGGUGGAGUUGGACUCCUUGCUUCCCCAUUACCCUCCUGACAGGCCCAAUCUCUACAACCACUCACACCCUGCUAAUUGCACUGGCUAUAUCUUUGCCUGUAUAUAAUUAAAAUUAAUUAAAAGCAGCCAGUACACACAAAUCUGUGGCAAUGGUAUUUCCCACUCGUGCUCACACAUAUAUAUAUAUAUAUAUAUAUAUAUAUAUAUAUAUAUAUAUAUAUAUAUAUAUAUAUAUAUAUAUAUAUAUAUAUAUAUAUAUAUAUAUUGAAGCAUCAUAAACUUGGGAGAGUAGUUGUUUACAUACAAUACAUGAAAAGUUAUGUGUUGUGUUCUGUAAGUAAUAUUUCACAUUAAUUGAAGAUUGUUUUUAUUAUUAAAUUUACUGAACAGUUCCAUGAUCUAGCAGCUGGUAGGUUAUAUAUUUUCUUAUAUAUACUGUCAUCAUAUAAGGAAUUACAGAAAACAAUUAUAUUUUGCAACAAUUGGAGAAAUACAGAUUUUUUUCCUUGGCAGAAUUUACUCAUAAAUAAUCUGGUAAUGAUGUAAGGUGUAGAGGUGUGGCCACUGAGAUUUGUGUCUGGUCAAUAUCUGUAGAGAUGUGUCUGCUCAAUAUGUGUAGAGGUGUGAGCACCGAGAUGUGUCUCAUGUCAAUAUCUGUGUAGAGGUGUGGCCACUGAGAUGUGUCUCAGGUCAAUAAUUCUGCAGACACGAGAGUCGCAUCCGGGACCAGGGUUACCACACUAUUAAAGGUUAAUAUAGUUAAGUAGAGAGAUAAACAACUUAUGAAUUGUUUAUAUAAUAAUAAUUAAGCAACAAUAAAUUAUGUAUAAGCAUUCAUAUCAAAAUUUGUCAACUAAAUCCUUACAUGGACUGUCAAGAUUCACGAGGCUAACUGUAUCUGUCUGUUAAUGACACAUCCAGCAAUGGUUGUCCAGUCUGGUGUAUCGUUGUUCAUUCUCCAUUCAACAUUUUUUUUUUAACAUGUCUCCUCUAUGUUAAUAUUGCAGUAGGCCUAACACUCGGUAUUAGAAUCCCAUUUCACUGUACCAAUCAAAUCCCGAUUGAAUUUUUCCGCACCUAAAUAGGCUAGAUAAUUGUGUGGUGGUUUGAGUUCCUAGUGCAGGAGGCUAACAUGUUUUGUUGACCCAAUCGUCGCCCUGAAGACUGAUGUCCUCGCUUAUACCGUAUUAACCCUCCCGGUUCAUAUAUAGGAGUUCCCGCAUAAAUAAGGUUGUGUAUUGAUUGUAUUAGCUAUGUUGUAUUAUACUUUAAAAGGAUAAAUAUUCGUCUAGGGGGUUGCACCUUGCAUAAUUUGACGAGUCUGGUGUUGUUACCGCUGCUCUUGUGCUGCCAAGGCUGUUUUGUGAGACAUUCCUCCCUGCUGGUUAUAUAUUGUGAUGUAUUUCCUAUUCCAGACCUAUUGUAUGAUACAACUUCUAAUUUCUGAUUCUAUUAUAUAAUGUAUUAUGUCUCAGUCGUGUUGUAAGACAAAAAAACCUUCUGUGAUAUGUGCUACAAUGCAACUGCUUCAGGAAAGGUUGAUGAGGAGUGAUGGUGUGCUAGGCUCAGCACUAGGCUCCUGUGUCCUGCUGAGGCUAUGCUGAUCCACACACACACACACACACACACACACACACACACACACACACACACACACACACACACACACACACACACACACACACACACACACACACACACACACACACA